GGAGAAGGUGCGAAAGGUGUCUGUCUGUCAAAAGGCGGCGGUGGCCAGCUACACCAGACUAGAAAAGCCUACACACAUCCGUAAGUAUCGACAUUUGAGAACUCACACACACAUGUCAUGUCAUGCACUCAGCAGCUGCGUACACACACCAUUCGAUUCAUUACACAGGCAGCCGUGCAGACAGACUGACCAAGAACCCCACCCACCAAAAAUACCGCAGCACAGUGCAGAAAGCUAUUCACACAUUCAUUCACAGUCACACAGGCCGUGUUAGCAACCCACCCGCCCCACCCCAUCCCACCCGCCACCAUGGCAUGCAUGCAUCAAAAUCUUCAAAACCCGACAAACGGUCAAAACUGCUCCAUCGGUCGGUCGCCCAUCCAUCCGUCCAUCCAUCCACAUGUCGGUGGGCAGGGCAGCAACUGAGCUGCUGCUAUACUGAGCGGCUAUCAACACACAGCCACACACACGGCACCCAUUCCAUUCUCUGGCGCCUCUCUCACACGAACACGUCACCGAGGCCAGCUGUCUCGUCCCCGUUGUUGUAUGUGUAUCGUGUGUGUGGUGGCCGUGUGUCGUUCUUGUACGUCAGCACGUCGUGCCGCCGGUUGUAUGUGGACGUGCCGUAGUCGCCUUUGACGUGUGAAAGCAUGAUCAUGAUGCCCAUGACUCCCGCAUAAGCCCGGUCCCGUUUGUAAAACACGCGCAUGCGCAUCUCGGUGUUGGCCGGGAUGACACGCUCGCCCUCUUCGUAGACACACGGAGCAAUCCGCGACACAUACCUGAUGUGACAGACAGCAACAAGGUGGGUGGGUGGAUGUGUGUGUGUGUGUGUUGCGUGUGUGUAUGGUGGUGUGUCCACCCACCCCAGCUCGUCUCCCGGUGCGUCUGGCUGUGUGCCAUAGAGAGCGGGGGUGACGCAGAAGUCGUCACGUGUCUGCGGCAAUUCCAGAGUGACGUUUAUUGAGCCGAUGUGGAUGUGCCCUGAUUGAUACAGACAGACACACACACAGUCAGACAGACACAGAGAGUGCAAGGCCACCAACAUUGCUGCCCUGCCGAGCUAUGGCGUACCCCGGAUAUAGGCGAUCUCCAUCUCUCGUCCGGUGGUCAUCGUGACCUCCUUCACAUCAACACAGUCUGGCGAAGCAUCGCCAUCGCCCACUGCGCCACCCUCCAGGCCACGCAGCGCAUUGACAGCAGCAUCGGCAUCAUGAUGUGUGUGUGUUUGGUGGCAUGGCGGUACGUCAUACUCGAUGCGGCACUGGAUGACAUCCACCACGACCACCCGCACCGGCUUGGUCUCCGGCGUGAUCCGCCCGUAUGUCACGGAAUACUUCAACCGAUACUCCUGUGCACACACACACGGGGAGAGGACCAUCGAUGAAGGCACCCACACCACAGCAGGCUGCUUCGUGUAUGGUGUUGUGUUGUGUUGUGGUGGUGCCUGCCUUCGGGUGCGGCCCCUGGCCGAAGAGGUUCUGGGGCCGUGGGGCGCGCAGGUGUGGCGGCACGGGAGGGCUGGGCUGCACACUCUCAGACACGAACGGGUCGUAAUGCGUCACACAGUGGGUGCCGUCGGUGCAACACGCCACACCGCCAGUGGUGCCGUCUGCACGGCGAGAGAGAGAGAGAGAGAUGGCCUGUCCGUCAACCAUUCUUCAUUCGUGUGGGCAUCUCUCUCAUCUCUUAUGUACCUGGUUGGCAGUGACACUCGAUGCAGGCCUGAACGUCCGAUACGUUGUCGGUGCGCAAGAUGUGAACGUUCGCCAGCCACACCUCAUCGCCUGAACAAUACCCCACACACACACCUAAGCUGCAUUGCAUGCCUCACUCGGUCUUCCGUGCAAUGGCGACCCACCCACCUGAUGUGGUGACGGCGUAGGGCGCUUUGAGCGUCACAGGUGUCCCACGCGACUCAGCACCUAUGCCGAACAUCUGUGGCAAGUCACGACACGGACCUGACAGAGCAAUGGACAGCAACAAGCAAGCCCAAUGAGUGACACACACGCCUGGCCUACACCACACCACACACACGUACCUGCGUUCGGCAGGAGGGUGGGUGGGCCGUGGGGGUCUGUACGGUUGGGUAGGAUGGGGAAGACCAGCCAGUGGUGCAGAUACACACUCGACAGCGGCACGGACGCAUUAUUUUCAUCGACAAUCUCAGCGUGGAAGCCACGGAUGGCAAGAGGCCCUGCACAGAAGAAACACACACACACAUUCAGAGGCCCAUCUAUGCUUUUCUGUGAGAGGGUGUGCAUCUGACCUUUGGGCAUCUUGAGAGUGGUCUCCCACGGCAGGCUGUUGAGCACAUCGCCAGGCCGCAAAGAGAAAGGCCGGCUCACAAAGGUGUCGGUCACAUCAGUGACAUCACCACCACCACUAUUCCCAUCUUUGCUGCGUGUCGUCUCGUGCAGGUCGAACAGGAAACGGGGCGACGCCGACAGUCCCUGUGCUUCAAUCUCCGACGCCGUCAUGUGACCCGACGCCCCGGCAACCAGGAACAAAAAGACCAAGAUGAAAGCAACCAUCGCUCCCUCGCCGAUGAAAUGGAUCAGAACGGUUCCGUAAUACUGCAAAAACACCUGUUUGUGCCAAAG